ACCUGGUGGGUAUUCACCCUCGUCAUUAUUAGCGCUUAUACGGCAAAUCUAGCCGCUGUGCUUACCGUAUCUCGUCCUUUCAUUCCAAUCAAGAAUCUUGACGAUCUUGCAAAUCAAACAACAAUCUCUUAUGGAACCAUCAAAGGCGGCAGCACUAUGCAAUUUUUCCAAGAGUCCAGAAUUGGAUCGCAUGUGAAAAUGUGGGAAUAUAUGAAAAAUCGUAACGUUUUUGUGAAAGAUAACCGCGAAGGAGUUGCAAAGGUGGUAAGUAAAAAUUACGCUUACCUUAUGGAGUCGACUUCGCUGGAAUUUGAAGUUUCUCAGAACUGUAAUCUCACCCAAAUUGGUGGUGUUCUUGGCUCUAAGGGUUAUGGCAUUGCACUACAGAAAAGAUCACUUUGGACGGAUCGAAUUUCGCGACAGAUUUUGUUGUAUCAAAAACGAGGUAUUAUCGAAAUGAAGAAGGCAAAAUGGUGGAGAAGCAAAAGCAGUGUACAUGAGGAGAUUUACGAACAGAUUGAUAAUUUGCCAAUCAAAAACUAAAG